UCACAGCCAAAAAUAAUCUUUUUAAUUUACUUAUACAAGCCACGAAUUGAAACAGACUUCGAAAUGGAACUAGGGAUAAUCGAAGAUGCUCUACCGCAGUCUAAUAAUAUAAUUGAGUCCGAUAUUGAGAACAAGCCUUUCAGAGGCGUUAGAGCCAUAAUAUUGGUGAUAUUAUUAAAUUGUUUCUUCGUUGCGGGGAUAACUCUCUUUUAUUUAUAUUUGAAUACGGUAAACGAAGUGACCAAAAAACGUAUUUUAGACUAUAUAAUUGUUAGCGGAGCCCUUAUUGCAAUUCCGAUGUUAUACAGGUUGGGGGACUUGUCCAAGGGCGGACCCAAUUUCUACUACAUUUAACAUUCACAUUUAACAAUGAUUUCGCUUCAAAUUCUAAAAUCUCUUGACGCUUAAAACUCCAUAAUCAUACUAUCCAUGCCUCUAAGCUCGUGCCUUUUAGAUCAACCUGCUCCAUUUGAAAAAACACAAUUUACAUAUCCGCACAUACACAACAAAUAAGUAGAUAUCGCGUUCAGUAGCUGACCAAAAUUUAGUGUAAAAAGUGAA